GCAUGCGUAUGUAGUCCAUCCAAGAUGGAAGCGACCGUAGCGGCGAAACUCGUCGUUAAGAAGAAACUGUGACUUUUAACAUAGAAAACAGAAAGGUUGUUGGAUUCUUCUUGCGCUAGCAACUAGUAUUAAAAAAUGGCUACAAAAACGAAUGCAGCUAUGAAAGAAAAUGAGGAUAUUGCUUGUUACUUUGUAACAAAGCAUUCCUGGAAAGGAAAAUACAAGAGAGUCUUCUCUGUGGGUAACCUGGGUAUAACAACAUACAACCCUGCCACACUGGAGGUCACCAACCAGUGGCCAUACAGUGAAUUUAUUAGUAUUACACCCAAUAUCAAAGCCCCCACCCUCAAUGAAUUCUUGAUCACCAUGAAAAAAGGGCCCAAGAAAACGGACACCAUGAAGUUUUCCACUGAUCACAGAGCAGAUGUAUUGACAGAGGCUUUGAGAUUUGCCAAUCAGUUUGCUGGAAAAGAUUUUCAAUCCAAAAGGUUUAAUGCCUACAAAUACCACUGGUCAGACAACAGAAUACCCACAUUACUCCAAGUAAAUCAGUCUUCACUGGAUCAAGUGGACCCCAAGACAGGCACCAAACUGGUCUCCUAUGACUACAAGGACAUGGAGGGGUUUGCUGUCAUCUCAGACUACCCAGGGGGGGUGGCUGUCAUACAUGGGGGAUACAAUAGACUGCAUAUAUUUGCCCUUGAACAAAGAGAUGAACUGAUCAAAAGUGUGAUGGAGACAGCAGCAAACUAUAUUGGCAUUGCCAUCAAACAGAGGAAGGAACCUAUAACAAUGGAUCAGGCCACAGCACACAAGAUGGGCAAAUACAGUACCGACGAGGCCCUUACGUCAUAUGCAGAGUUCAGUGUGUAUAAACUAACACCAAGGAACCCAGACCCCAUCAGGCGAACACUGUGCCUCACGGAAACGUGUCUGGUGGAGAGAGACCCAGCCACCUAUAAUGUUGUCACAGCAAAACCUCUGUGUGAUGUGUUUGCCAUAGUCAGAGAUCAAGAAAACCCACAAAAAUUUAGUGUUGAAUAUGUGAAGGGUGCAAUACGAACAUUCACAUCCACUGACAGAGAUGCCUUGAUAGCCUCUGUUCUGGAUGGUGUAAGGGCCUCUGGCAACAGGGAUGUCCAUGUGAAAAUGAAAUUUACCAGCAGGGGAUUACGAUUAGGUCCCUUCACAGUCCCUGUUGAUGAGGAAGUGGAGAGUCAGCACAUGAAGUUUAUCCAGAGUCCUCCCCCCAAUAUUAACUUUGAGAUGGCUGUGGAGAGGUUCAACUCUAACAUUUCUUACAGUGGUCUCCUGCAUGCUGUCACACAAGAUGGUCUGUUUGCCGAGAACAAAGAAAAACUGAUCAACGGCACCCUGUCAGCACUGCUGGAUAAGGAGGGUGACCAAGCCAUCAUUUCCUCAGAGAAUCUAGAAGCUCAGUUCCAUGCUCUGAGGAGACUUGUGGCCUCCAAGGCUGGCUUUCAGGCUUUUACUAGACUGCCAAAGAUGAGAGAAAGAGUGGGUAUCAAAGUAGUCAAGGCACUAAAGAGAAACGAUGAUGGGGUGGCCCAUGCCGCCAUAGACAUGCUCAAUGCCCUGAUGCAGCCCAUGCAUGAUGACUACGACCUGCGACAGGAACAGCUCAAUAAAGCCUCUCUGAUGUCAUCAAAGUCCUUUAUGCAGAACCUGCUCAAUCUAUUUAAGAAUCACGUGUUGAGAGGUACAGGGGCCAUGGUCAUUGCAGCCAUGUUGGAUUUCUUGACUUUUGGUUUGUGUGCCCCCUACAGUGAAACAACAGAUGGGACAUACUUCGAUACACUACUGGAAAUGGUAGCGACAGAGGGAAGAACUAUUUUUAAACUUUUCCAGCACCCGUCCAUGGCCAUAGUAAAAGGAGCAGGUCUGGUGAUGAAGGCUGUGAUAGAGGAAGGAGAGCCAGAGGUAGCAGCCAAGAUGCAGGACCUAGCUCUGGGUGAGGGGGCACUCCCCAGACAUCUGCUUACUGCCAUGUUUACACAGAGUAUGGAUAGCAGGAUGCUCACCAAUAGGCAACUCAGUCGCCAUCUGGUGGCUCUUUGGGUGACCGGGCAUCCAACUGCAAUGGGACUUCUCAAGAGAAUAAUGCCCAGUGGUCUAUUGGUGUAUCUUGACUCCACUGAUGAGGUACCGGAGCAUGAGGAAGAUAAACUUCAUGUCAGAGAUAAUGUCAAACUUGCUCAGGAGCACCAGAGUCGUGGCAGGAAGUUCACCAACCCUCAGUGGAAACUGGUGGAGAAGAAAGUGGAGACAAUUUUACUUCAUUGGAGGGCCAAGAUUGGCAUGCAGAAAAAAGAUACUGGUGAGAAACCCAUAGUUUUAAGGAAAAGAAGACAGAGGAUCAAGAGUGAGGCCAACUGGGAGCUGUUCCAUUACAUGUUCAACCGAGACCACGCCAAGUCCAACCUUAUCUGGAAUUUUAAAACACGGGAAGAGUUAAAAGAAGCCCUGGAAAAUGAAAUCCGAGCUUUCAACGUGGACAAGGACUUGAGCAGCAGUUUUAUGAUAGCGUGGAACCACCAGGAGUUUGAAGUACCCUACCACUGUCUGGCGGAGGAGAUCAAGAUAGGCGACUACUAUCUGAGGCUACUACUGGAGGAGGACGAGAACGAAGACACUAGUGCAAUUAAAAGAUCCUACGAGUUUUUUAACGACCUAUACCACAGGUUUCUCCUUACACCAAAGAUCCACAUGAAGUGUAUGUGUCUACAGGCCAUGUCCAUUGUCUACAGCAAGUGCCAUGAAGAAAUUGGAACUUUCAAUGAUACAAAAUACAUUGUAGGGAUGUUAGAAAGGUGUGCAGACAAACUAGAAAGAGACAGAUUGGUGCAAUUUUUACAAAAGCUGAUUUUAAACAAAAGAAAUGUGAAGGAACUGAUGGAUGCUGGUGGAAUCAAGGUACUAGUUGACCUGCUCACCCUAGCCCACCUCCAUACUACUAGGGCAACAGUACCUUUACAGAGCAAUGUGUUAGAGGCUGCCCCUGACAUGAAGAGGGACAGUGAGAAGGAGUGGUACUAUGGCAACAAGGACAAAGAGAGGUUAGGACCUUUCAGCUUUGAAGAGAUGAAAGAUCUAUACAAAGAAGGUGUUCUCCAUGCCAAGACUCGUUGUUGGGCGCAGGGUAUGGAUGGGUGGCGCCCUCUAUCUUCUGUUCCACAACUCAAAUGGUGUCUGCUGGCAACUGGCCAGGCUGUGAUGAAUGAGAGUGACUUAGCCAUUGCCAUUCUCAAUAUGUUGAUAAAAAUAUCUGAAUUUUAUCCAAGUAGAGACCCAGAUGGUGCUAUUAUCAGACCUCUCCCAAGGUGCAAACGUCUGCUGUCUGAUGCUACAUGUUUAUCGCACUUAGUGCAGCUCUUGUUGACCUUUGACCCCAUCAUAGUAGAAAAGGUGGCAGUGUUGCUGUAUUUGAUCAUGCAAGACAACCCCAACUUGAGCCGGCUGUAUUUAACAGGAGCUUUCUAUUUCAUUAUGAUGUACACAGGAUCCAAUGUUCUUCCAGUUGUCAAAUUUCUUAAGUAUACUCACCUAAAGCAGGCCUUCAGGUCAGAUGAGAACAUUACAUCAGACAUAGUAUCUCGCAGUGUGCUGGGCCACAUUAUGCCAGAGGCUAUGAUCUGCUAUCUGGAGAACUACGAGUCUGAGAAGUUUGCUGAGAUCUUCCUAGGAGAGUUUGAUACUCCUGAGGCCAUCUGGUGUAAUGAAAUGAGACGUCUCAUGAUUGAGAAGAUAGCGGCCCACCUCGCAGACUUCAGCCCGCGCCUGCAGAGUAACACGCGGGCUCUGUACCAGUAUUGUCCUAUCCCCAUCAUAGACUAUCCACAGCUGGAGAAUGAACUGUUCUGUAACAUCUACUAUCUCAAACAUCUGUGUGAUACUGUCAGGUUCCCAGACUGGCCUAUCAAAGAGCCUGUGAAAUUACUCAAGGACAUUCUUGAUGCCUGGAAGAGAGAAGUGGAGAAGAAACCUCCCAGCAUGUCAAUAGAAGAGGCCUUAGAAACUCUGAAACUACCCAAAGAUCCUGAGGGUACUGAUGAAGGCAAGAUAAGAAAAGCUUACUUCAGGUUGGCCCAGAAAUACCAUCCUGAUAAGAAUCCUGAGGGCAGGGACAUGUUUGAGAAGGUGAACAAAGCCUACGAGUUCCUGUGCAGUAAGACUAAGAUCACAGAGGGCCCUGACCCAGAUAACAUUGUCCUCAUUCUCAGAGCACAGAGUAUUUUAUUCAGCAGACACAAGGAUGUCUUGGAGCCGUACAAGUAUGCGGGAUAUCCCAUGCUGAUAAAGACAAUCAAGAUGGAGACCCAGGACGACACCCUGUUCUCCAAGUCAGUGCCCCUCCUAGAGGCCUCCAGUGAACUGGCCUUCCAUACUGUCAAUUGCUCCGCCCUCAAUGCAGAGGAACUCAGGAGGGAGAGUGGAAUUGAGACAUUACAAGAAGCAUUCUCGCGUUGUGUUGGUGUGCUGAGUUCUUCCACCAAACCUGAGGAGCUGGCAGUAAAGGUGUGCAUUCACAUAGCCAGAUGUUAUGCAGUUGCCUCCCAGUUUGAAGGCUGCAGAGAGAAGAUCCAGGAAAAUCCAACUAUUGUAAAAGAUCUCUGCAGAAUCCUCUACUUCAAGAAUCUGCCAUAUCUGAACACAGUGGUUGUGAACUGUGUCAGUGCUUUCUGUGUGGACUUUUACCUCCAAAACCACCUGUUCAAGUCUGGAUGUAUGUGGCACUUGUUACUGUUCCUGUUCAAUUAUGACUACACUCUGGAGGAGGGCGGAGUUGAAAGGAGUGGAGAAUCCAAUCAACAGGAAGUGGCAAACAGCUUGGCUAAGAUCAGCAUUUGUGCUCUGUCUCGUCUUGGAGGCUACACCCUGGGCGACGAGAGUACACCAGAGAACCCCGUGGUCAAGAAAUCCCUGGCUGCGCUACUGACACCAUACAUGUCUAGGAAAUUAGCCAAUGAUAACCCUGCCGAGACUUGGGAUAUUGAGGUAUUGAAGAUCCUGAACAGUAAUACAGAGAACCCGUAUCUUAUCUGGGACAACGCCACCAGAGCAGAACUCAACGAGUUUGUCAGUGAUCAACAGCAGUUAGUGAUAAGACAUGGUGAUUGUGACCCAGAUUUUGGCUCCACAUUUGUCUACACCAUCCACAGCAAGGAGUUGAUAGUAGGAGAGAUCUUUGUCAGGGUAUACAACGAACAGCCAACAUUUCCUCUGGAAAAACCUAAGACUUUCACCAUUGACCUGCUGGACUUCCUAGGAUCACAGGCUCAGUAUUUACAUUCCCUGAUGUCCCUGCAGCAGGCUGAAAUCUGUGCCAACAAACAAGGUGAGAGAUUGAAACAGGUGGAGCAGGCCCUGGAAGCACUGAGGAAUGUCAUCAAAAAUAACCCAGGUGUAGAAAUUCAGUGCAUAGGUCACUUCAAGCUGCUGUUUGCUCUCCUCAGGCUUCAUGGCUGUGGUACAGUACAACAGUUUGCUUUAGAGGUGCUGAACAGUGUGACCACCAACAAAGAAUGUGUCAAUGACAUAUCUGCCUCAGAGGUCCUAGCAUAUUUACUAAUAGUGAUACAGACAUUGCCAAAGUGCCAUACAUUGAUUUUAGAGACACUGUAUGCAUUGAUGUCAAAUACACAGAUUGUAAAGGAGGCUAUGCAAAAGGGAGCUCUGAUUUAUUUACUGGACCUGUUCUGUAACAGCACCAACCCCGCAGUGCGGGAGCAGACGGCUGAGUUGUUUGGGAAGAUGCUGGCAGACAAGCUGGUCGGACCCAAAGUACGCAUCAUCCUCGCCAAGUUCCUCCCCAGCAUCUUCAUGGACGCUAUGAGAGACUCUGCUGAGGCCAGCGUGCACAUGUUUGAAGGAACACAUGAGAACCCAGAGCUGAUCUGGAAUGAUGACGCCAGAGACAGAGUGUGCAGGACAGUAAAGGAGAUGAAGAAAGAAUUUUACAGUGAGCAAAAAGACAACCCAACAGCCAAAUGGAAGCUACCCCAGGAGUUUGAUGUGACAGGGUCUGAUGUAGAGGGAGAGGUGGUGGUGGCAGGAGUGUACCUGAGGCUGUUUGUCGCCAACCCGGCCUGGGUUCUCAGAAAACCUAAAGAAUUCCUCACAGAGUUGUUGGAGAAGUGGGGGCAGUUGUGUGGAUCACAGUCUCCUAAUGGAGACAUGUUGGAGAUGGUGACGUCUGCCCUGGUGUUGUUCUGCCAGGCUCAGACGGCCAUGGUGGACCAGGUGCCACAGCUAGGACACAUCCCCAAGAUAUUCCAGUACAUGAGUUCCAAGAACACAGCCAUUCCCUUCUCUGCUGUACAAAUAGUACGACAGCUGGCAGAGAGUGAUAUCUGUAUACGUGCCAUGGCCCAGGUGGAGUGUAUAGGACCAAUGAAGAUUGCUAUGAAGAUCAGGAAGGAUGCAGUGGGCACAGCAUGUGAGGCCCUCAACAAGAUGUUCUCACUAGGGGAGGACGAGCUUGUCCAGCAGGCUCUCAAAACAGAGAUGGUGCAAUUUUUACUCAGAUUUUUAGAGACUGGACUUGAAAAUGCAGAGAACCCAGCAGCCAUUAAAGCUCAGAUUGUGAAAGCACUGAAAGCCAUGCAGAAUAGUUUGGCCCAUGGAGAAGCAGUUACCACCAUACUAAGUGAGUCUUCUGUGUGGAAGGAAUACAAGGAUCAGAAACAUGAUCUGUUCAUCUCAGACAACAAGGUGGCAGGAUAUCUAACAGGACCUGGUGUUGCUGGCUACCUGACUGCUGGCACCUCCUCUAAUAUGCCCAGUGCCCCACCCCCAGUCUUCCCUCAGGACCAUUAACCCUUAAGGACUAAUAAAAGCUCUGAGAUUAGCACCAAAUAUCAGCAAUGCAGUGUUAUACCAGGGAUCACCAAGAAUGAACUGCAGGCAAAGGAACGCUCGCCUGUUAUAAUUUCAUGAUAAGUUUUCUAGGAAAUGAGAACAUGGGCAGGAGGUUCUUGUCUUUCUAAAGGAUGUUCACUGUAAAAGGAAUGGAAAGGAAUUUGAAGAUUGCUUUCCUCACCAGAUGAUUGAUUUAUAUUUUUUUCUUUUUAUUACAUGUAAAAACCAGAUUCCUAUAUAUUCCAGACAGCUAUAAACCCCAGAGAUCAGUGUUGUCUCUUUUAACACCAAAUCAGAAGGAAAGUAGUGCAGUCAUACUAGCAGGCCAAAAUGUCAUGAAAAUAUAUGGAUAUUUAAUUAUGCACUGACAGACUUGUGUUUCAAGCUGUUCAAUCUAAACAAGAGCUCCCCUCUCCCCUUCACAGCAAAAGACGGGUUAAAUGGCUUGGCUCAGUGGUGUUUGAAUAUUACAUUACAAGCUGCAGUGUAACAUUUUACGUAAAAUAAAAAUGAAGGAUCAAAGAUGAGUGGAGGGGGUGUCUGCCAUUAUUAAUGUAAACUGCCUGUAAGAGUGGCACAUAGAUCAUAAAUCCAAAGAGGAUUAAAAUAUGUGAAGGACCUUGUAGGACCAGUGAAUGUUUCAUUAAUGUUAUAGAAGAUAAUAGACAAAAACAGAUGGCAAGAAUAAGAUAAUAAUCGUACGGAUGCUUCAAACAAUAAUACUUUUCUGAUUUUUAUAUUUUGUCCACAAGGGUAGAAAAUACUCUAAAUUGAAUGUUUUUUAUUUUUAUUUCUCGAGAUAAUUGGUGAUGAAUUUCUUUAUUUACCAAGUUCAACUGCUAGUAUUAAGUGCUCUGUUGACAAAAGAUAUAAAGCACGAUUCAAACUGGGACAACAGUGAUAUCUGUAUGGAAGUUACAACAUCGCUAUGUUUUAUAAAUGUAGUUUCAAAAAUGUGCAACUACUUUGUAUGUAUUUAUUAAAUAAGAAUAAUGAAGGAUAACAAAUUAAUUUUAGAUGGUGCACAUAAAGAAAAGAACAUUUUUUAAGUUGAAGCAAGAUUUUAUUGAAAAUGCGCCUGCUUUAAAUUGAAUCCACAUGGUGCUACUCGUAAGUGAUAAGUAGAUUGUGCGACAUUGAAAAAAAAGCGACUGAUCUGCAUUUUAAUAUUGAUUCUUUAAUUCUGUACUGUGUUAGUUAAUACAUGCGCAUAAUUUUGUCUUUAUCUUUAAUAUAGUAAAAGGAAAGCUGUGUGGAUUGAUGGAAGAUUAACGAGAAGUGUUACUUAGGCUUAUCAUAACGAUCUAUUUUUGAAGAAAGUCAGUUCCUGAACAUUGUGAAAAAUUGUACAGAGAUUAUGAAAUCACUUGUUAAUGUAAAUAUUGUAAGGAUCAGUGGAAUAUCAUGUUACCAUUAAAUAAAAUAUCGAAUUUAUUAAG